UUAGGAUUUAAACUCAUUUACAUCUUUUCUUUUUUUUCCAUACUCCCCUAAAAUAUGCAAGCAACUCAGCCAAGCCUUUCAUUUCUCAUUCCCAACAAAUCAAUGGCAAUAAUACCUAUCCUCCUCCACCUCCUUCCUCUUUUACCUCUUCAAUUCUUCUUCCCUUCUAUAAUCUCUGCAGCUUCUUACACUACUUUCAACAUGUAUUUCCUCAACUGCGGAUCGGAAUCCGACGCCAAUUUUGGGCUCCAACGGCGGUUCAUCAGCGAUCUAAAGCCCGACCCUUUGCCGAUCGAGGUCCGCCCCGGAAAGAGCAAACUCAUUAGAGACGACACCAUCUCAACAACCAUACCGGAAAUCUAUCACACAGCAAGAGUUUACAAUAGGCUAACAUGGUACGUUUUCAACAGCAUCAAUCAAAAUGGCACCUACGUGGUGCGCCUCCAUUUUUUCCCACAUCAAAAUCUCCCUCAAGCUCGGUUUAAUGUGUUCACCAAUAAUGGAUUUCAGCUGUUAUCAAAUUUUUCGCGUCAUAACACUGAUCUUAAGACACCAACUGUUGAGGAGUUCAUUUUCGAGAUUGAAAGAGGCCCUUUUGGCAUCCAUUUUUCCCCUUUGGAAUCGUCUCUGGCUUUUGUGAACGCCAUUGAACUCUUUCUUGCUCCUGAAUUUUCAAAACCAGAAUCUGCUGAUGCCGUUUUAACACAAGGAAGAAUCAACGAUAGCUUCCAAAAUGAGAUGGCUUCCCGAGCAUUUCGUGCUACUUAUAGAUACUUGAAGUACGAGGGUAUCGUUGUCCUUAACAAGUGGUAUCAGAGCUAUAAGAGGAAAGUCACAUCAACUACUUCGAGGGGACCUAAAGGAACGACAGGCAAAUACUUCAACAUUCAUAUGGAGGACGGCACAUUGGUGAACUCCCACAUAAACGAGAUGAAUAAACUGAUGAAUCAGUUAGAGUCGAUGGAGAUCACUUUUUCAGGGGAAGUGAAGGCCAUAAAUUACUUUGAUGCAUGUAUCUUUAGACAAGAGUUGGUUCACAUCCUUUACUAUAGGUCAUGGCGUGGUGUGGAUGAGAAAUGGGAGAAUCUCCAAGAGCACAGGAAUUGUGAUGUUCGUUUGAGGACUGACAAUGCAACCGAGGUUUCGAUGGGUGGUUCCUUGGUCACUCCAGAUAACGACACCGUUUGGAGAACUUGGUUGCCAGAUGAUGAGUUUCUGGCUUCUCCAUCGGCGGCAAAAAACAUUAGCUACAGCGGAAAAAUAGAAUAUAUGGCGACUUCAAUUUACGUAGCCCCAAUUUAUGUGUACAACACCGCCAAGGCAUUGAAAAUGGACACCACUGGACGAUCAAAGCUUUCAAAUUUAACAUGGGCUUUCAAGGUCAAGAAGAACGGCAAAUACUUUGUUGUGCUCCACUUCUGCGAAAUUAUAGUCGAAGAACGAGGCAAAGUUUUACACUUCGAUUUCUUAUCCGGCAGUAAUCGGGUCACUUUGUUAGGUUCCACCGAAAAAGGCCAUAUUCAUCAAAUUGGGGAGCUAUUUACGUUAAAGUUUGUCAUUGGUUCAGACGAUUCAGGAUAUCUCAAUAUGAGUAUAGCCCGUAGUAGAGAUGCUCCACAGUCAAUACCAUUCUUGAAUGGAGUAGAGAUUAUGGAGUUGAUUGAGAAAUCGUUUGUGGGUGCUCCUGUUUUGAAGCUGAAGCAGAAAAAAAAUCACAACUUGGGAAUUGUGGUUGUUGGGGUUUGUGUUGGUGGGGCUGUAAUUACGGGGCUACUGAUUGGGCUGAUUUUGUGUUACUUUAGAGGUCCUUUGUUUGUUACUGAUCAAAAUGAACGUCCAUUGGAAGGAACUGUAUCCAUUGUGGAUCUUGCUCCCAAUUUUAACCUUAAACUGAAGAUCCCGUUUGGGGAAAUAAGUGCGGCAACUGAUGGGUUUGAUGAGAAGAAAACGAUUGGAGUUGGAGGAUUUGGGAAGGUUUAUUAUGCCAAACUUGGGGAGAAGGAAGUGGCUGUGAAACGAAGCCGGCCUGGAUUUGGACAGGGUUUUAAGGAGUUUCACACAGAGAUCAUUAUAUUGUCUCAGAUUCGACAUCGGCAUCUUGUUUCGUUAUAUGGGUAUUGCCACGAAAAUGAAGAGAUGAUCUUGGUUUACGAAUACAUGGAGGGGGGAACUUUGAGAGAUUACUUAUACGGUUCGAGGAAGAGCCAUGAUUAUGAUCAUCAUCCUCCAUUGUCAUGGCAAAAAAGGCUUCAAAUCUGCAUCGACGCAGCAAAAGGGCUUGAUUAUUUGCACACUAGUACCGCCGCCGGCGUCAUCAUCCACCGGGAUAUUAAAACCACAAACAUCUUGCUCGACAAAAACGCCACGGCGAAGGUCGCCGAUUUCGGGAUAUCGAAGUUCGGAGAAUCCGACGCCAAAGAAUUGUACACCACCAUUAGAGGAACUUACGGAUAUCUAGAUCCAGAGUACCUCAACACCGGCCAGCUGACGGAAAAAUCCGACGUGUACUCCUUCGGCGUCGUGCUUUUAGAAGUUCUCUCUGGGAGACCUCCGAUCGUCAAUUCUGUUCGGAGCGACGAAGAGAUAAAUCUCGCCGACUGGGCGAUUCUCUGUCGAAGCAAGGGAGUGGUUGAGAAGCUGAUUGAUCCGUUUCUUAUGGGGACGAUCGAAGCGAACUCAUUGAGGAAAUUUUUGGAAGUUUCAGAGAUUUGUGUGAGUGAAGUUGGGGCGGAGAGACCUUCAAUGCACGACGUGGUGUAUGGUUUGGAAUGUGCUUUGAAGUUUCAGCUCAAACCUGUUGUCAGCGAGAAGGCGUUUGACUGCAACACCACCAUCGGUUAAAGACUGUGUUGAUGCACUACACUGAAUGAGUUGGCACUACACUGAAUGAGUUGGCAUGUCAGCAAUAGUCCCACAUAGAUUUUGAGGUUGGUUGCCAAGCUGUCGAAUUAUUUGCAUAAAUAAAACCGAUGCUGAUCAACCAUGUACAUUUCGAAGCUCAAGUUAAUAUUGAGUUCAAGUUGGGUGUCAAGACGAGCUUAUGUGAAAGCUAAGAGACUGUACAACCUUUAAAAAUGAGAAACUCUGUCUUUUAUAGUAGGGGAGCAUUGACGUUUUACUAUUGCAACGGUCAUAUAUGUCAUUUCAUUGAAUUUUGAUUGGCAGUUGGAAUAUUUUUUUUUUUAUAGUAGAAUCAUCAUUUUGUGCUAUAUGCAUACAAGCAUGAUGUGUAGGAAGAAGAAAGAUCAUAUUAGAUUGGAAGCAAAAAGGAAGCGACUAGAAAAUGGGAAGCUUCACAAGAUAAAUGGACAGGCAUUU